AUGCCAUUUCAGGGCACAAGUGGAUGCGUCCCGAAGCUAAGGAGGAAUGUGACCUUCAGAGAUGUCUCUAAAUCAGUUCAUUUGGCUUUGUUUUCUGGUCGAAAUUAUAUCAUGGGCGUUGACAUAACAUUCGAUGCACUGUUCAGUUAUUGUGGCGUUAAGCCGGUAUUCUCGGUCGGGGCCGACAUCGCGUGGCCAACAAGGCGUCAGACGUCUGAGUCACCUUCGUUAACGUCACGAGUGGCAACUUACGGUUCGGUUGGGGCAAAAUCCAAUUUUCAGCCUCCGAACAUGGUGGGUUGCUGGCUCAAUGUGUUGUUGCUCCUUGGUUUGUGGCAAACAGAAGCGCAAUUUCUUCACUCCAUUCAUGGUAUUCUUCGACCGGCACAACCAGCCGUGGUACGUAGAUGGACAGUUUUCACCGGGAAACGAGUAGUACUGAACUGCUCUGUCGAACUACCGCUGGAGAUUAAUCCACAACAGGUACAAUACCGCUGGGAGCGACCAGAGGGCACCCCAAUCGGCUACAGCAAGUUAUAUGUGAUCCCAAACGUAUCGCUGUCAGACGGUGGUUUGUAUGUUUGUCACAGCUCGGCAUUUCUCGGAUUUUCCGGGGAACAAUGGUCACAAAAACACAGGCUACUUUUGGAUGUCAGUACUCUGACCAAAAUGCACUCUGGUGUAGCCGCUGAAAUAGUUCUUAGGCUUGUGCAGCUGAUCGAAAUACACCGGUCACCGGUGUGCCGGCCAACAGCCGGCAAAACAGCGAUGCCAACAGCUGAACAAAUCAACAGCCAAUCAUGUCACUCGAGCCGAGUGCACGCUGCCCUUGGUUGGACCGGCCUAAUCGGACCAAUUGAAGCGUUAUGCACCAAGUUCAAAAAGAUAACACCAUCAUGUCAGCCAAACAACAGAAUCUACAACAAAGCGCACAUUUUGUUUAAGAAUCCCACUGCCAUUCCGGUGAACGACGACUUUGUGCCGACCAGAGCGAAGGAGAAUAUCUGCACCAAGAAAUAA